AUGGGAAUUACAUUGAUCUGGACCUUGGCCAUGGUUCUUAUCAAGUGGAUCGCCUCCAAGAGGCGUGGAGCUAUUUCCUAUGACAGUUCUGAUCAAACUGCAUUGUACAUUCGUAUGCUAGGAGAUGUACGUGUAAGGAGCCGAGCAGGAUUUGAAUCAGAAAGAAGAGGCUCUCAUCCAUAUAUUGAUUUUCGUAUUUUUCACUCUCAAUCUGAAUGUGAAGUUUCUGUCUCUGCAAGGAGCCUCAGGAGGUUACUGAGUUUCCAGCGGUAUCUUAGAUCCUCCCGCUUUUUUCGUGGUACUACGGCUUCAAAUUCUCUGAACAUUUUAGAUGAUGAUUAUAAUGGACAAGCUAAGUGUAUGCUGGAAAAAGUUGGAAAUUGGAAUUUUGAUAUCUUUCUAUUUGAUAGACUAACAAAUGGAAAUAGUCUAGUAAGUUUAACCUUUCAUUUAUUUAGUCUUCAUGGAUUAAUUGAAUGCUUCGAUUUAGAUAUGGUGAAACUUCGUAGAUUUUUAGUUAUGGUUCAAGAAGAUUACCACAGUCAGAAUCCUUACCACAAUGCAGUCCAUGCUGCAGAUGUUACUCAGGCCAUGCACUGUUACUUAAAAGAACCCAAGCUUGCCAAUUCUGUAACUUCUUGGGACAUCUUGCUGAGCUUAAUUGCAGCUGCCACUCAUGAUCUGGAUCACCCAGGUGUUAAUCAACCUUUCCUUAUCAAAACAAACCAUUAUUUGGCAACUUUAUACAAGAAUACCUCAGUCCUGGAAAAUCACCACUGGAGGUCAGCUGUGGGGCUCCUGAGAGAAUCUGGCCUGUUCUCACAUAUGCCCCUCGAAAACAGGUAUGGAGAUCUAGAAAAAAAGUAUCAUUUGGGAGUGAGUCCAUUUUGUGAUCGUCAUUCUGAAUCUAUUGCCAACAUCCAGAUUGGUUUCAUGACUUAUCUGGUGGAGCCGUUAUUUACGGAAUGGGCUCGAUUUUCCAACACCAGACUCUCACAGACAAUGCUUGGCCACGUGGGGCUGAAUAAAGCCAGUUGGAAGGGAAUACAGAGGGCGCGGUCCACCCGGGAGGACGCCAAUGCUUCAUUCGAGGAGUUGAAUUCACAGUUAUUACCUCAGGAAAACCGAUCAUCUUGA